UCCACGGAACUCAUGCUAAAUCAAGAGCAGGGGGAGUGCAGUGACAACAGAGCAGACGAUUUACUUCUGCGCAACUCAAGUUGGUUUAAAGUCACAAAUCACACCUAUCGAUUCCCUUUCAAUACUAUCCUGCCUGAGCUUCCCCCACCAAUGCAUCACCCUACUACCCUGAAUGUUCCUCCGUCUCCCACAUACAACAUUCACACACACACACACACACACACACUCUCUCUCUCUCUCUCUCCCUCCCCCCUUUUCUUCUAUCAAUACCGCGGGAAAUUACCAUCCGAAUGCUCCUCAUUGGCACAAGUAACUGUCAUAUUCUCCUCUCCACUACCACCGCAAUCACCACACUGCGUUGUGUCGUAGUUGGACACGGCUGGUUCGCAAAAGCAGUUCCACGACUGGCGCGCCUCGUCGUCCAUUUCGAGGGGUCGAGAACAUAUGGCGCAUACGCAGCCCAAGCCUUCGCAGCCGCCGCACCGCUGGGUGACGGUGUAGCUUUUGGUGUAGUCGAGUCUCCGGUCACACAUAGGGCAACUGUGGAUCAUUUUGGCGGCGGCUUUAGCACAGAUGGAGGUUGUUUUAUUGUACGUCUUGUGAAGAGAGAUGGGUAUGGGUAGAAAGAGCCGUGAUGAUAGAGGUAGUCUGGAGUGUCUCCCACGAACGAACGAGCAAACAAGAGACAGAGAAACAACAGCGGAAUAUAUACCUUUUCUUCUUUCCCCUCCACCCUAUCCAGCCCCGGCACUUACAAGAAAAUGCCGCUCAGCCAUGCGCUAUACCAUUUUCGGCAGGUUGCAGCAAGGCUGAGGAUUCUCAGAAUUACCUUAAACAGACGUGCGAUACGACACAUCAGCUAGGGAUAACAGGAAAGUCGCUGCCUAAUUCAAGUCGCAGCAAGGCUGAGCGCGAAGUGUCCUAAUUAUUGUUGCCUACCUGCGCUCUUUAGGCGACUAGCUUCCUGGUCUUCCAUUACUCGUACAAAGAGGGUGGUAAUAUACGAAGUACGGGUACUUAGAACUGCAUUCCUGGGUAGAAUACUGGUGGAUCAGUGCUCGCGAUGCGAUAAUACUCCUUCUGUU